AUUUACUGGUGUGCCCGUGGUGCUAUAAACUAUCCACGUGCGUUCGCUUCGCGCUUGUUGUUGUACGGUGGGUUGACAAAUCCGAAGCCAAGUCGAUGAAGUUGCAGUUGUCUGGAUUUCCUGUUGUCGUUGAAAUAAAUUAAAACUUGCUCGAUAUCCUUUUACUUUACAGAUUUUUAUCCAGUAGUUACAAUGGAUUCAAGCAGUGCCGACCAACCAACAAGGCGAUGGAUCGGUCGGGGACGAGGCGUUCUGGGAUUGUCAGUUCAGCAGAUAUCACAGAAAGAGACCAGACCAGGACAACAGGGGAGACUUAACAGCGCUUUAGCUGAAAGCCAGAAUUCUAGGCCAUCUGACCCUUGUAAGACAUCUACCUGGAAUCAACGGCAAGCGAUCCGUCCACCAGCCAACCAACACCCAACACCAGACAGGAGAGAAUUAGUGAGCAGUAGUGAUGAUGUCAGGAGUCAAGACAACAAUGGCACAGCAGCGAGAUCACUACAAAAUAGGAUUGUUGGUGACAACAAAAGCAAAACCAAGAGGUUACUCGCCAAGUAUAGCUACAAAGCCAACCAGAACAGUCCACUGGGCUUCUCAGAGCUCGACAUCAAGCAGGGCCAAAGGUUGACUCUGGUGGAGAGACACCCAACCAACGAGCAUUGGUGGAAGGUCAGGGAUGAGACGGGGGCAGUGGGCUACGCUCCUGCCAGCUACAUGAAGAUUGAAGAAACCAGACCUAGCGUCUUACCCUGGCUUGCCGAUACAGAUGGACAGAGUGAAGUUCCUUCUGAGAAACCUGUUUUGAAACCCUACGUCUCAGCCUACAACAAACAGGCGAAAAGUGAACAGAGCAAGGUAUCCGAGAACGAUUACUACUGUGGCGUGUGCGACAAGAAGUUGAACGGACCCAAGCCAUACGGUGCCCACAUGGUCAGCAAGGCCCACAAGGAAGAGGUUGAGAUAGCACGAGAACGAGGGGAAGAUGUGUGAAAAGCGCGGAAGAGGAAGGACAGGGUAUGAUGGGAACGGCUCUCCCCAAUGGCAUAGUGCUGUCAAAUCUGCUAAGCAUGUGCAAAAUCUGCUGAGCAAAAAUGAGCUACAAGACAAAACUUCAGAUGAUCUGGUGCACAUAGAUUGCCACUGGUACCCUGCAUUUAGCAACUUGUGGCUCAGGACUAAACCACCGUAUCCAGUGGGGCUUUCAAAGGAACAGGUUAGCGUCUGUGAUGGCUGCUACAAAGAAACCAACAUGUAUUACCUUUUAAGAACACAUUCUACAUUUGUAGGUUCCAUUGUGCUUUUGCAUUCAGUCUACUGUUAUUUUGGAAAGUUUCAGUAUUGUAUUUCAGUAUUGUAUUUUGUACUGUGCUUUGAAGGGACUCCGGGAAAGGAUGGGAUUUUUGAUUAUUUUCUGCAAGAUAUCAGCAGGUUUUGUUCCAGUGGUUAGAAAAAUUGAAAGUUCCAGUUCCUGCACCUGUUAUUUUCUGUGAUUGUGAAGUUUCUGUAGCGAUUGUGCUUUGAUGUGAAUAGGUUAUUUAUUUAUGCUCAGGUUUUACAAGGUAACUCGAAGGGGCACCAACACUUUGCAUAUAUGCAAAUCAGGAAGCCUCAAUUUAUUAGCACACCAUUGUUUAAAUUAGUCAUUUUUUUUAAAUCAUGUAGUACAUCAUUUUCAUACAUUUAUAAAUUAUGUGUACAUGUAUUCGGUUUUAUACCUCGUCAUCUUGCCAAGUCGGGUCUUUUCCCAGUUUAAGCCACAUCUGGAGCACACUUUGGUAACGGCUUGCAAUGACACACGUGUCUAUGGAAGCCAACAGCUAGCGGCUGAAGCUACUUCCCAUAGACACAUGCAUUAUCAGUAACCACAGCCAGUUGAGUUAGACAUAGCCUUACACCCGAUCCGCAUUCGUAACUCAAUGGCUUUGCAGACAGGCGUGGGUGACAUGCUAUGUAAUAUUUCUUGCAUAUUUCAGGGGAAAAAAAUCAAACAUCCUACAACUUCUUUCCAGACAGAGAAAGUUAUUCAAUACAUUUGUUGAAGUCUCCAUGUAAAUCUCCUACAUGCAUACAGCGCCCCCCCCCACACACACACACACCAUGAAGUGGGGAGGACCAUUGGUAACUUUCGGGGGGGGUCACAGUAUGUUAGGAGAAAAUAAUUCUUCUUAUCAGAAAAGUAUUGACAGUGUGAAGGGGAGAGAAAUGGACUUUCGGGGUCUUUUGUUCAAGAUCAGUGUGCUUAUUUUAAUUUUGGGAUACAAUUAACUGUUACAAAAUAAAGAUCUUCUGCCAAAGUUAUGUUAA